AUGCCGCCCGAGUUGAGCGAGACAGAUACUAACCAAGCUUUAGGUGGACGAGGCGGACAGCUAGGGCCUACAGUUAAUGCCUUCCAGGAAUCCCAGUAUGACAGAGGCUAUCAUGGGCAAUCCUCCAUUCCGCAACCUCAAGCGCUUUAUCAUGAGACAUCUUCAGAUGCAUUCACUACCAAUGGAGACGAUUCCAACGUUACAGAAAAUCAGAAUCUAGAUAUAGAAGAAGAUGCUUUGGAGAAUGAAGACUAUGAUGAAGAUAGUGAGGUGCAAGGCGGUGAAUACUCCGAUGAGGACAGUCAAGGAAAUGAUGACUUCGGCGAAGGUGACUCAGACUACACUGAGAGUGACUCGAUUGGGGAUGUCCUUGAUGCAGAUGUCCUUGAAUUGACUUACGACACAGGACGUGGGCUGGACUGCAUGGACCUGAGCCUCCUAAGAGGUCGAGCACAAACCCGAUAUGGCCUUCUUUUGAGCUCGGGAUCUAUUCUAGGUUGGCGGGAUACCAGGGACGCAGGGUUAGUAUCCAUUAUUGGGUACGAGUGCCGAGGUAAAAGAACUGCUCGUGUGAAGUGUCAGCGAGGUGAACAGAGGAAUGAGAAAGAGCCUACGGGUGGAAGAGAGGACUAUCUGACAGCAAAGAUCCAGGGUGUAGGGUUAAUAGCUUGGGUAGUGGAUGAAAAGUCUAUCUUCGACCCUAUCCAAUCACUUUACCCCACCCUCAACUCUACAUACCCAAGUACGUUUGUUACAAUUUUCUGGGCGGACAAUACCUGGACAUGGGAGUCCCGUGAAGUGUUUUGUUCUUUGAUGGAAGAUCUCAGCCCCUUUGAAUCGAACGUUCUUUUAUAUUUCAUGGCUAUCUCUCAGGAGUCCGACUAUCAGGAGGCCUUGACUGGUGAACGACCGAGAUUUCCAAAUCCAUCAUUCAUGCCAGAACUGAGAGGAAAUCCAAUAGGAUUGACUGCAACAUCCAGCUAG